AUGGCGCCGAGAAAAAAUAAAAAGAAAAGCGAAGAAUCGAUGAUCGAUUUUGUCGAAGAAGAGGUGACCGAGGAGAAUUUCGACGAUGACGAGGAAGCCGAAGAGGAUGAUGAAGUAGAUGACGAUGACGAAGAAGAUUCUGACGAUGAGCCGGCAGCGAAGCGAAAAAAGGUGUCGAAGAAGGUGAAGAAGGAGGAGAUCAUCGAGAUAUCCGAUGAGCGAAUGCAAGAGCUGAUAAAGAAAUAUCACGAAGCGAAAACGCUGGCGACGAAGACAAAAGAUGAUUUCAAGCAUUUGCCGAAGAAUCAGAGGGGAAAAGCGUUGAAAAAAGCGCUUAAAAAAGACAAACGGGAACGGCAGGCGGAACGCGCGAAAAUUCGCGAGGAGCUCGGCGAGCAGGCGCCCCAAAAAGAAGCGCCGAAGACAAUUGAAAGCACUCGAGAGUAUGACGCGACGAUGGUCGCCGAUGAUGAUGAUGAAGUCGAACACGAUGAGGCGAACGAUGAGUUUGCGCCGUAUUUCAAUCGGCAAACGACACCAAAAGUUAUGAUUACGAUGACGCCAAAAGCUAAGAUUACCACUUGGAAAUUCUGUUUUGAGCUUCAGAAAUGCAUUCCGAACUCGGAAAUCUUUUCAAGAAAGAAUGUGCUUUUAAAGAAAAUCAUCGAACAGGCGAAAGAGCGAGAUUUCACCGAUCUUUUGGUUGUUCAUGAGGAUCGCAAGAAGCCGAAUGGAAUAAUUCUUUGCCAUCUUCCGGAAGGACCGACGGCGUAUUUCAAGAUCAACAGUUUGACUUUUACCGAGGAUUUAAAGAAAUUUGGAGAAGCGACAUCGCAUUAUCCUGAAGUGAUUUUGAAUAAUUUUAACACUAGAUUGGGUCACAAUAUUGCUCGAAUGUUUGCGUGUCUUUUUCCGCACGAUCCGAAAUUCACCGGACGACGCGUCGUCACAUUGCACAAUCAGCGAGAUUACAUAUUUUUUAGACAUCACAGAUAUGAGUUCAAAAAAGAGGGUACGAAGGCGGCGUUGCUCGAACUCGGUCCCAGAUUCACAUUGCGACUGAAAUGGCUGCAAAAGGGCACAUUCGAUGCGAAAUGGGGCGAAUUCGAAUGGGUCCUUAAACGGCAUGAAAUGGAGACGAGCAGGCGGCGAUUCUUCCUUUGA